AGGGCUGAUGUCCUCCGCGGCGAUGUUUACAUCUGACGUCGCUCUGACCUCACGUCCGUGUUAUCGCGAGCUGCGGAGACCGCGGAAAAGCCAGAAAGCGCCGGAUUUGAACGGAGCGGAGUCACUGAUCAGAAACUAAAAUGGACAUAGUGAGAAAACAAGGUGUCUUUGAUCACCUUAUGGUGUUAGAGAAGGCCGGAACAACAGGCCAAGAAAAGCAAAAACAAGACCGUUUGGAUGAGCUUCGUUCUACAAUAGUAACACUCCGUGCAAAAAGAGACCGACUUAGUGCUGAAACCGCAGCAUUAAAGAGUCUACAAAACAAACUUGACCAAGGCCAGCCACUGGAAGUUGAUGAGGCUGAUGACUUAAUGCAACUUGAUCAAUUUCUGCUUAAGUCCAGGCUAAUGCAGCUGAAGGACCUUCAAACGGCCUAUCACCUUAUUGGUGGUUAUAAUCUGAUUGAGAAUAAACAAGGCAAAAGUAUAUGUGUCUCAUUUUGCACUGCUUAUGGGGACAUGUACUUGGAAACCUUUAAUUUGGAAAUGGACCUUAGACGUACAGUGCAAAUCAGUCGUCAUAACAUCCCUCCAUGUAUUCCAUUAGACAAACUCGCCAAGGAGAAUCUACAGACUGAUUUUAAAGCCUUCCUUGAAACGCUAAGCCUGCAUCUCAAUGCUUUAGCUGGACGCAAGCAGCAGAUUUCACUCAUUAAGGAACUUGUUGGGACAGUAGAGGUUAUUGAGAAAAAUCAACUCUGCAACUUUCUCGUCCUCAUGUGCAAAGCACAAGAGAGUGAAGCAGCCAUUCUGUGCACGCUGGAAUACAGUGAUCUCACCAAGUGUUUGCCGACUCGUGUUACUAUCCAGAGCAAAGAUACAACCCUUGCUGAAUCUCCACAAUGGAAGAAAAACCAAGCGUUGCUUAUGGAGUCUCCAGUACACAUUGCACUUUUGACAUUAAGGAAAAUGGGAAGCAUUGUGUGAAUAAAGAAGCUAUAUAUAUUUUUUAAAUGCUUAAGUCUUUUAAAAAAGGUUUUAAACAUAUUGAUAUUUAGCCCCAUUUCCUGCAGCAUGCCUAUUAGUAAUACCAGCAUAAACUAAACACUUUAUGGAUUACAUACCAGCAUUCAUGUGUAAAAUAGAAGGAGAGCAGACAGAUCCUGUAUUAAAUUCUAUACACAUAUUUUCAAAUGGUCUCCAAAGUUUUUAAGAAAAUAUGUAUUUUCUGUUGAAGUUUUUGUCUAUGGAUAUUUUUGAAAUUUUCUCUACUUUGUUUCUCCUCUUCUUCUCGGUUUGCCAACUCUUUUUGGGAAAUGCUGUCAAUUAAAGAUAUUUCCUUUAGUUGCAUGAUGGAUAACAGACCAGUUUCUGAAGCCUUUCCUCUAAAGGUUGGUUUUAGAGAGGAGGCAGAACCUUGUGGCAGGGCAGAUGAUGCUGAUUUUGAAGAUCUCAUUCUUCUGAGACGAUCUUUUUCAUUUGGAAGAAAUUCAGUUGAAAGCAUUUCUCUAGCAGCUGGAGCUGAUCUUGAAUGGCGAAUAUGUUGCAGAUCGUUGUUUGUUGUUUUUGUUUCUGAUAUGGUUCUCAUUGUAUUGUUAAUUGUUGCGUAGGGUUCACAGACUCUCAAAUUCAGCAACUUUUUGUGUUCCAGUAGCAGUAAUUCCCUUUCUUGAUAGAGCAGUUUGAGGUGUAAUCUGUGUUUUCUGUUAAUUUGUUCCAGUGUCCACAAAAGAUGAGUGUCUUCUUUGUGAUUCAUUAGUCUCACAUCCGUGUAGAGCAAAGGUCCUUUAAAGUUUGACCUUGUUGUCACGUAGAUAUGCUGUCCUAUUUAUAUAAUACAUAAAAAACAAGAAUAGUAAUUUAAGAUUUUAGCUUAAUGGCACUGUCAAUUAACUUUUAUGUAUUAAAAUCACUUUUUAAAAAAUUCUGCAAUAUGCAAAUACAUAAUAAAUCGAUGUAAAUACCUCGA